CUUAAACUCGGUUUUAUGAAUAUUAGAUCUCUUCAAACGAAAGCAGUUCUCGUUAAUGACCUCAUCACGGAACACAAUCUAAACGUUUUUGGUCUCUGCGAGACCUGGUUAAAACCUAAUGAACUGCUGCCGCUUAACAAGGCCUCGCCUCCAAAUUUUGUGAGCUCGCAUGUGGCGCGUCUUCGAAAAAAGGGUGGGGGUGUUGCCCUCAUCUUGAAUUCCGAGCUUAGAUUUGGGCCUCGUUCGAUCAACGUAUUUAAAACAUUUGAGGUUCUCACUGUCCGAUCCACCGCUUUACCGUCAUUUUAUCUUGCUGUUAUUUACCGUCCACCCGGGGCUUACUCUGGCUUCCUGAAUGAAUUUUCAGAAUUCGUGGCUGAUCAAGUAACCAAUGCGGAUAAUAUAAUUAUCAUGGGCGAUUUCAACAUCCACAUGAAUUUACCGUCAGAGCCACUUACUUCGGCGUUUCAGACUUUAACUGAUACGUUUGGUUUUACGCAAGCCGUACAGGCAGCAACGCAUAAGAAUGGAAAUACCAUAGAUCUGGUAUUAUCCCGAGGACUUGCAACCUCAAAUAUAGCAGUACUGCCGGACAUUCGCACCCCUGACAGAGUAAUGUGGUUCAAAGGUUACAACAGCCCUGCGUCGAUGUCCAGGAAGUUGUGUGCCGUCGCCAGCUGA